CAGUGACGUAAAACGUGCCGACGUCAUCACCCGCGCGUCUGGCGGGAAUCCGACGCGGCUCGCGGACUGUCAGCAACCCCAGAAGAGUUUGAUUCGCGUUUAUUUGCUCAUAAAGUGAUUUCUUCUGAUUUCUCUUCGCGUCAGCGUCAGGAGGAGAAAUGCAGGCGUUUUUGAAAGGGUCUUCGUCACAGAGUGUUAAAACUCAGAAAGCAUCCUCAUCCUCCUCUUCAUCAGCUGGAGAGAAGAAGCAGAAGGCAGUGCCCUGGGUGGAGAAAUACAGGCCGAAGUGUGUGGAUGAAGUGGCCUUCCAGGAGGAGGUGGUGGCAGUACUGAAGAAGUCUCUAGAGGGCGCUGAUCUGCCCAACCUGCUGUUUUAUGGCCCUCCUGGAACCGGAAAGACGUCCACCAUCCUAGCGGCCGCCAGAGAGCUUUAUGGACCGGAGCUGUACCGUCAGAGAGUCCUGGAGCUGAACGCGUCUGAUGAACGAGGGAUACAGGUGGUCCGAGAGAAGGUGAAGAGAUUCGCCCAGCUGACUGCAGCCGGAACACGCCUCGACGGGAAGCCCUGUCCUCCGUUUAAGAUCAUCAUCCUGGACGAGGCGGACUCCAUGACCGGCGCGGCUCAGGCGGCUCUCAGACGCACCAUGGAGAAAGAGUCUCGAACCACGCGCUUCUGCCUCAUCUGCAACUACGUCAGCCGGAUCAUUGAGCCGCUGACCUCCAGAUGCUCCAAGUUCCGCUUCAAACCGCUGGCCAAUGACAUUCAUAAAAACACUGUAAAUGUAAUCCAUAUGAAUCAAGGCAUCGAGGCUCUGGUGAGCGUGUCGGAGGGAGAUCUCAGGAAAGCCAUAACUUAUCUCCAGAGCGCCGCCAGACUCCACACCGAGCAAGAAAUCACUGAGCAGAUCAUCAUCGAGAUCGCUGGGGUGGUUCCACCCAAAGUGAUCGAGACGCUCCUCCAGAUCUCUUACAGAGGCACGUUUGAGAAGCUGGAGCUCGCUGUGAAGGACAUGAUCGAUGAGGGAUACGCUGCCACCAACGUCCUCAACCAGUUACACGACGUCAUCAUCGACGAGAAGCUGAGCGAUAAACAGAAAUCCAUCAUCACACAGAAGAUGGCUGAGGUGGAUAAGUGUCUGGCAGACGGCGCAGACGAGUAUCUGCAGUUACUGAGUCUCUGCUCUGUCAUCAUGCAGCAGGCCACACACAGCACCUGAGCCGACCAAUCAGCUGCUCCGUCACACCUGAGCCGACCAAUCAGCACUGGCGCUGAUUCCACACACAGCUGCCUGGACUGUUGUUUUCAACUUUUUGUACGUGUAAAGUUUGCAAUUAAAAACACUUCUUUCUAA